AAGUGUGGUAUAUCCCUCUUUCCCAUUCAGAAAUGAACUUCCCUUGGACUUUUCUGAGCUCUGAGUGGUUGGCCUAUCUAUAUAUAUACGCGUGUGUGUAAGUGGAUAUAGAAAGACCAGAUAUAUGCCAGAGCGACGACGCUGUAUACAAAUUAGACAUAGCAAGAAAGAAAGAAAGGAAGAGAAGAACAAAGAGGAGAAAAUGGGAAGAGCUCCUUGCUGCCAGAAAGUGGGGUUGAAGAGAGGCCCUUGGACUCCGGAAGAAGAUCAGAUCCUGAUCAAUCAUGUCAACAAAUAUGGCCACAGCAAUUGGCGUGCUCUCCCCAAAUUAGCUGGGCUUCUGAGGUGUGGAAAAAGUUGCAGACUCCGGUGGAUAAAUUAUUUGAAGCCAGACAUCAAACGAGGAAACUUCACCCCAGAAGAAGAGGAUGCCAUCAUCAAGCUUCAUGAAAUGUUGGGAAACAAAUGGUCAGCAAUAGCAGCGAAGUUGCCAGGCCGCACAGACAACGAAAUCAAGAAUGUUUGGCACACACACUUGAAGAAGAGGCUUCCUCAGAACCAACAGAACCAUCCCCAAACAAAACGAAAACCAAAGCAAAAGGAACAACAUGCCGUGACGGAAAACAGACCACUCUCUCCUUCUCAUUCAAGUGAUGUGUCCACCCUCACCACAAACAACGAUAACAGUAUUACGACUAGUAGUCCUGCGACUAACGUCAAUAACGACGACGACAUGUCCGUAAAUAUUAAUGUUGAGUCUCCGGCGCCGGAGGAGUCCCUGGCAUUGGACGAUGAUUUCUGGUCGGAAGUCCUGUCGGCUGAUAACUCUGAGGAGACUACUGAUUAUAUUCCGGCGGAAGGCGGUGGGGUGGAGUACUCACAGUUUCAGUUGCUUUUGUCUCAGCUGGACGAUGCACAAGUAGAAGGAGAUCAUGUCAGUUCAUUAUGCACGGGGGAUGAGAUGGAUUUUUGGUUUGAUGUUUACAAUAGAGCCGAGGAAUUCACGGAGCUGCCACAGUUAUGAAGUUGUGCCCUUUAACUUUAACUUUGUUCAUUAUUCAUUCAAGAAAAUUUAUCGUUGAUUUGUUACAUCAGCAUUUAUAUAUAAUAUGUACCGAUCGACGUUCAAAUGUAUAUCUUUUGUUCCCCA